GAAUACAGGAAAAUGUUCAAAGGGACGUAAAUCUGUGUCCGCUCUCCUCACAAAGGAGGAAGGAAUGCAGGUUGUCGCGAAGGAAAACAACGUCCAAACUAGGGAAAACUCAUAAGAUUUAACUAAACCAAAUGUGAAUGUUUCAUUAGAAUGAAUAUUGAUGUAUUUGGAAGAAUAAGGGCUACUGGCCCAUCCAACAUCCACACAGAUGGCCAGCACAGAGUCACAAGUGGACCAGGUGGAACUUACUUCAGUUUUCAGAAGGUGCUGCACCAAGAAAGCUCUAACUAUGAUGUGUAUCAGACUUGUGUUGAUUCUCUUGUUGACCUCUUUCUGGCUGGAUUCAACACUUGUGUGUUGGUGACAGGAGAAACUGGAUCGGGCAAGUCAUCUACCAUUGGUGGAGACUGUGGAAGUCGUCCGGGGAUCGCCAAUAUGGUCAUAGAUAAUGUCUUUAAGAAACUUGCCGAAGAUGAUAAUAGGUACAUGUACGACACCAAGGUGAAGCGUCACUCUGCUGCAGUCAGUCUGCAGAUGUAUGAGGUGUACAAUGAGACCGUGAAAGACCUGCUACAGAUUCCAGGGAUGGGGCCUGCCUAUCUGGAUCUCGAGGAGAACUCGUCAGAUGGAGUCUACGUCAAAAAUGGUGCACGCAUUACAGUUUCAAAUUCAACAGAUGGUGUGUCAGUAUUCAGACAGGGCUGGUCCCGGAGAACUGAGAUGGUCAACGAUUAUGGACCUGCCCAUGUACACUCAGCUGUGAUCACUUACAUAGACCUACAACUGCAUGUUGGAGACAACCCACACCCUAACAGAUCCCGCUUCACCCUGGUAGAGUUGCCUGGUCUGGAAAAGCUGACAGAGAACACCCACAGCCUGAUAAUGAGAGAUGGACCAAAAGUGAAGCAAGCUGUGGGCAGUCUUAACCGUGUCGUCAGUGCCCUGUCAACAGAUACAUCUCCAAACAGGGUUGUUAACUACAGUCACUCCAGAUUGACUCGACUUCUGCAGGAAGAGAUAGGUGGCAACUGCAAAACAAAGGCUAUUGUGUGUUUAAAGUCACAGUCUAACCCAGAUGUCCUCUCAACUGUUCUGCGCUUUUCUUCUCACCUGUCACAGGUGAAAAACUUCCCUAUUCUCAAUGACAGUUUUGCACAGAACUUGCUCACACAGUAUAGAGCAUCCUUGCUUCAGUUACAAAGACAGUCUGGAUUGGGUGUCCAUGGCCCAGCAGCUGGGGCUAGCAAUGUUAAAGAUGAACUCCAUGUACUACAAUCAGAAAAUGUUCAGCUGCGAGACCAAGUGGAAAGAUUAACCCUACGACUUGAUCAGAUGAAUGGGAAAUUUGGUAAUCUUGCCACAACAAAAACAGACUUGUCCCAGCAGCUGCUCAUGACAGAAGAGGAAAAGCUUAAGGUGUCACAGUCUCUGGUUGAGAUGCAGAUAGAAAACAAUCGACUUAAAGAAGAAGCAGAAUCCACAAAGUUUGAACUCACUAAUAAGAUCUUGGCACUGGAGAAUGAACUGAUGCAAGCUGAAGUUGCCAGAGAUAAACUUGCUAAAGUGAACAGGAAUGCUACAGACAGGUUGGAAGAACUGGAGCAGGAUCGCAAAGAUCUGGCGGAUGAAUAUGUCGUACUGAAAACGAACUACCUGGCAUUGACGAAGGAGCACGAGAGAGAGGUGUCAAGGAAUGAAGAGUUGAGUCUGGAGCUUCUGAAUCUGGUGAAUGCGAAGGCCACUUUGAUGAAGCAACUGGAAGUGGCAGAGAAGAGGAAUUACCGGCUAGGCAAUGCUGAUGAGGAGGUAGAUCGUGUCCGGGCCAUGGUUGGCAGGUACAGCCGCAGAAAGACUGAAGAUAUUCUUGGCUCACAAAGGGAGAGAGAAGACAUGGAAAGACAGCUGUUUGGAAACCAGAGACGCUUUGACAGUGAAAUAGACAAAAUGAAAUCUCAGCAUGAGGAAAGCAUGCAGAAGCUUGAGGACAAGAUUGCUUCUUUGACCGAUCAACUUCAGGAUUCUAGAAACCUUGCCAGGGACAAACAGCAGAAGGUGUCUGAGCUAAAUGCUAAACUUAUCACCAUCCGAAGUGAGAAGGAGCAGUUGGAAUCUCUGUAUAACAGAAGCCAGCAUAAAAUGAAGGAUGUUAAUGAGGAGUGCCGUACUAGACUCAUCAAAUAUGUGGAGGACAUUGCUCAAUACAUGGACAAAGUCCAUGACACUAACCAGCUGGUUAAGACAGAGACAAAGAUGAGGAGCUAUGUGGACUCAAUGCUGAAGGACAUACGCAAACUUUUCAAGAACAGAGAGGAGCAGUUAGGCCAGGCAGUUCAACAAUUCAAGGCCCGACUGAAACAAGCCAUACAAAAACAUGAAGAGCUCAUCGUCGCAUACAGGAACCUGCAGUUCAAAUGUAGAUCCCAGGGUAUGAGCAGUGAUGAGACUGGGCCAGAUGAAACAACAUUCUACCUGCCUGACGCUGACUUCCAAACCACACAACAGCUGGAAAUCAGACGCCUUAAAGAUGAGCUGAACACAGCCCUAAAUGAAGUGGACACUCUUAAACUGAGGGUGAGAUAUUAUGAAGCUAUUAAUGAAAAGCUUUCCACAGUGGGGGACAAACUGGUAGACUCAUGGGAAAAGAAGGAAAUGGGCCAAGUUGGUGGUAUGAGAAAUGCAGAACAUUGGGCUGCAUUGCGAAAGCAGUUGAGAGAGUUCACUCUAAAUACGCAACAGCAGUUAGAGGAUGAGAGAGCAGAGUUACUGACCAAGAACCAUGUUUUGGAGGAACAGCUGAAGGAGUGUCAAAAUUACAUUGACAGUCAUCUGCUCAGGUACAAAGAGGAGAUUGUUAGACUUCGCCGUCGCUAUGGAGAAGAUGAAAGACAAGUACUCCUCUGAUGUCCAAGUACAUAACCAGAGACAAUGGUCGUCACUAUCAUUAGCAGAAAGGCCCUUUUUUUUUGUUCCACAUACUUAUGAUUGGCCUGUAUCUUAAUAGUGCUCCAGAUGUUAUCAGUGUCCUCUUUUUUUUGUCUUAGUUGGAACAGUGUUGUGUUACCAGUCACAAUAAGAUGUCAUGAGAUAGAAAUUAUCUGCUCUUGUGUAGGACAGUUCAUCAGGAUCUGAAAAUGUCAAAUUUCCUCUCUUUGCUGAUUUGAAAUUACAACAGGAACCAGUAUUUGUGAUUAAACUAAAUAAUCUACGCAGUGAUAGUGGGAGAAUUGUGGCUCACUGUGGAAAAAUGUAAAGUUUGCCUCAUUUGGUUCAAAUAGCCAGUGUGGUUUAAAAAAUUAUGACAAUAGCAUAUAACAAGAAAAUUUUCAGGCUGUAUCUGAGGGAAAAUAGCUUUUGUGUAAACUUUCACUUUGCAGAUUGCAAUGUUUGGGCAUAAAACUAGCAUAUCAACGCAGUAUGAAUGUUACUUGUUCAUGUAGCACAUGCAGUUGUAUUGCAGAGCUCAGUCUGUUUUGUUAACCAAUCCAUAGUGUGAAAGACAAUGUUUUGUCUACAAUUUCAUUAUGAAAUCAAACAAUUUGAUGUCUGUGCUGUUAUUAUUUGUCUUUUUGUGUACAUUUUGGCACUACAUGUUUGAACUAAUGUACCAUAAUUUUGUGUAAAACCUUAUAUACAUGAAACUUAAUGAACUACUGUCAAGACCUUAAUAUUUUCUGCUUUAUAUAUGUUCAUUAUAGUGUUUGAGAAUAUACACUGUGAAAUGAAUACACCAGUAACAAGAGAGACUUCAUCAUCAGUUAAAUAAUUCCCUCAUUGUUAGUUGUUUAGUUAAGAUGUGUAAAAUUUAUUAAUUUUAUAUAGUUCAUUGAAUUAUCAAGAGCGAUCUGUGAUUAUUGCGGUAAUUUUUAUGUGGAAUUUGUUAUAUGUUAUUGAUAUGCAUAUACAUAGGGGAUUCUGUAGAUUGUUUUAUUACUUAUUUUAAUGUAUUAAAUUUACAUUUCUACGCUUUAUGUUGCCUAUCUGUGAUACAUUUAGAAUUGUAUUUUUGUAUACAAGUAUUGUAUUUUUGUAUACAUUUGUAUGUUUUCAUACUUUCUAUUUUUAUUAACUUUUCAUGCAUAGUACUGGAUGUAAAACAUACCUCCAGAAUUCACUUAUAUAUUUAGGCUUACAUGCAUAUGUGGACAUGUAUAUGAAGAAUUAUUAAGACAGUCCCCUUGAGCCACAAAGAAUCCAUACAAUUCUAUGGCCUCUUUAGAUCACUUGAUGUUAGUGGUGUAAUAGUUUUAUACAUUCUAUUGUUUAAGUAAUAAUGAAACCGUUUCCACUGUAUAACUUUUGUGUAAUGAUGGUGCUGUGAUUGCUAUUCUUCAUUUUGAAAAGCGACCAUGUCACUUAGAAA